AUGACUGAGUGUUCCAGUGAGGAGGAGGUAUACGACGAAGAGCCUCGCAGGUCGGCGUCCAUAAAUGCGGGACCAACAAGGGCCCAACUAGCCGCCAGGCAAGUCAUCUCAAAAAAGCUUCCCAAUUUUAGCGGAAAUCCGGAAGAAUGGCCGAUGUUUGUCAGCAGUUUUAUGAACGCGAACGAAGCCUGUGGAUUUUCCAACGUUGAAAAUCUUAUUCGACUUCAAGAAAGCCUUCGGGGCCCCGCGUUAGAAGCUGUCCGGAGCAGAUUAUUGUUACCAGAAGCGGUUCCCAAGGUUAUGAAGACGCUUCAACUACUUUACGGUAGGCCCGAACAACUUCUACAUACCUUGUUGUUAAAAGUCAGAAAAGCCGAAAAUCCAAAACUUGAUCGCUUGAAUACGUUUAUACAAUUUGGUCUAGUGGUCCAACAACUUUGCGAUCAUUUGGAGGCAGCGGCGCUUAGAGAUCAUCUGGUCAAUCCCAUGCUAUUACAGGAACUUAUCGAUAAGCUACCAUCGCAGACGAAGUUGGAAUGGGUUCGUUACAAGCGAAAUCAGAGAAGUGUUACGUUGCGAACGUUAUCAGAUUUUUUGUCCCAGAUAGUGUCAGAGGCCAGUGAGGUGACUCUGUUUUCGGAAGCGUUUCAUCAACCAAGUAGAGUUCCGAAGGACAACAGUAGAACUAAGAGAUUUGACCCUGAAGGUUUCUUGAACGCUCCCAGUGAGGCGGAAAAUGCUUCUCAAGAUUUCGAGCCACACGAUUAUGAUCAAUUCGGAAGAGGAAACCGCCAAAAACCCUGCAAAAUCUGCAACCGCACAGAUCAUAAAGUUCGGUACUGUGAGGAGUUCACACGACUACCAUUGAAUGAGCGUCUGCAAGCUGUAAGGCAAUGGAAAUUAUGUCAUAUUUGUUUGAAUGAUCACGGCCAAGCUCCAUGCAAGUUUAAAACACGUUGCAAUGUAGGAAAUUGCCGGGAAAAGCAUAACGCUCUCAUACAUCAGGAUGGUAUCGAAAGAAUGGCGGAUUGUAAUAUUCAUAGCACGAUGUCUUCUCAACCGAUAAUUUUCCGCAUGGUUCCGGUAGUUCUUAGAAGUGGACAACGUACGGUACAAGUGAUGGCCUUUUUGGACGAAGGCUCAUCUUAUUCGUUGGUAGAACGUACUUUAUCUGAUCAGCUUAAAGCCGAAGGAGCAUGGCAGCCAAUUCGAGUAAGAUGGACAGCAGGAAUGUCAAGAAUGGAGAAGAAUUCUCGAUGCAUACACUUAUCGAUUUCUGGAACAACCUCCAGCGAGAGUUUUGAUCUAAAAGACGUCCACACAGUCGAAAAGUUGCAACUACCACAUCAGAGUUUGCGCUUUGUCGACGUUGCUGCUCGGUAUGAACAUCUGCAGGGACUGCCAGUCGCAGACUACCAACAUGGCGCACCUCAAAUACUGAUAGGACUGAAACACCUACACGUAUACGCCCCUAUUGACUCGCGGGUUGGAAAUCCAGGGGAGCCGAUUGCCGUUAAAACUAAAUUGGGCUGGACGGUCUAUGGCCCACAGGACGAAGGGGAGUCACACAAAAUUUUCAGUGCUCACCACACUUGUGAACUACCUUCUAAUCAGGAGCUGCAUGAUCUUCUACGAAGUCAUUAUGCUGUGGAGGAAACUGGUAUUGCGGUAACCGUCUUACUCGAAUCCGGAGAAGAGCGCCGGGCAAGAGAAAUACUCGAGAAAACCACUGUGCGCACGGGUGAUCGAUUUGUAACUGGGUUAUUAUGGAGACAAGAUGAUGUUGCUUUCCCGGAUAGUUUCCCAAUGGCACUGAAAAGGCUGAAGUCUCUAGAAAGGAAAUUAUCUAAGGACCCGGCGCUGGAAACAAAUGUUAAACAACAGAUAAGCGAGUACACAGCAAAGGGAUAUGCUCACAAAGCCACAGAUGAUGAGCUUCAAAAAAUCGAUUCAUCAAAAGUAUGGUAUCUACCAAUUAAUGUUGUGCUGAAUCCAAAGAAGCCAGGAAAAAUUAGACUAGUAUGGGAUGCAUCAGCGUCGGUGAGAGGUGUUUCAUUAAAUUCCUUGCUGCUAAAAGGGCCCGAUUUGCUCACUUGUCUACCAACUGUGAUCAGCCGGUUCCGGGAGCGACGAGUUGGAUUCGGUGGAGACAUCAAGGAGAUGUACCACCAGCUUCGAAUAAGAUACGAGGAUCAACAUGCUCAGCGGUUCCUAUUUCGCUCGAACCCUCAAGCACCACCAGAUGUUUACGUGAUGCAAGUAGCCACCUUUGGAUCCACAUGCUCUCCGUGUUCGGCACAAUUUAUAAAAAAUUUAAACGCUGCUGAAUACGCAGGAAUAUAUCCAGACGCAGCUGAGGCUAUUAUCGACAAACAUUAUGUCGACGAUUAUUUCGACAGCACGGAUACCAUCGAGGAAGCAGUGACGCGGGCGAAACAGGUUAGGUACGUGCACUCGAAGGCGGGUUUCACCAUGCGAAAUUGGCUUUCGAACGAAACGGACUUGCUGAGACAGCUAGGCGAACCAGAAGGUGGCGAACAAAUCCAUUUUCAUCGCGACAAGCAAACUGAUCACGAACGUGUACUAGGCAUCGUUUGGGAUCCUCAGGAUGACGUGUUUAUGUUCUCUACGGAGUUGCGCAAGGAACUACAACCAUUUGUGUACGGUGAUAGACGACCGACUAAACGAGCAGUACUAAGCAUUGUAAUGAGUAUGUUUGAUCCUCUCGGACUUCUAGCUGCAUUUACGGUGUUCGGAAAAAUGAUAAUUCAAGAUUUGUGGCGCUUGGGAUGUGACUGGGAUGAAGAAAUCAAUGACCAAUCGUACCGGAAAUGGACUCAGUGGCUAGCACUACUCCCUAUAGUUGAAGGCAUAAAGAUACCUCGUUUUUAUUUUAAAGAUAUUCUUCCGUUGGUGCCAAACGCCCUUCAAUUGCACAUUUUCGUAGACGCUAGUGAGUCUGCAUACGGUUGCGUAGCGUUUUUAAGAACCAUGACUCCAAAUGGACCCCACAGUGUUUUGGUCAUGGCUAAGACUAAAGUUGCUCCUCUUAAACAACUUACCAUUCCUCGACUGGAACUUCAGGCAGCCGUCCUUGGCUCACGUUUGUUUAAAACAAUCAAGGAAAGUCAUACAGUGGAAAUAAAGCAAUGCUUCAUGUGGACUGAUUCAUCAACAGUGCUUUCGUGGAUACAGUCUGAUCAACGUAAAUAUAAGCAGUUUGUCGCGUUCAGGAUAGGCGAAAUCCUUACUACAACAAAUUUGGAUGACUGGCGCUGGCUUCCAACAAAAUAUAACAUAGCUGACGUCGUUACAAAAUGGGGAAGUGGUCCUCAGCUUGAAUCCAACAGUGCCUGGUUCAAGGGACCAAGCAUUCUCAACGAGGCAGACGAUGAUUGGCCGGCGUCAAGAUUGCCACCGGCAGGAGUUAAUGAAGAGAUGCGACCAUACUUUUUCCAUCAUGAUAUCGAGUUUCCUCAAUCGUUGAUAGAUCCCACCAGGAUAUCCCGCUGGAAUGUUUUAGUGAGAACAAUCGCUUGCGUGCUUCGCUUCGUAGCCAACUGCAGAAGGAAAGUGAAGAAGUUACCAAUUGUGGCAUUAACACCAACACCAAAAGUAAGAAAACUUAUCCGUAGGGAGAUACCAGCCAUUAGGACGGGUUUGAAGCAGGAAGAAUACAAACAUGCUGAGGAAAUUCUAUUUGGUAUAGCUCAACGUGAUGCAUUUCCGGAUGAACUUAAGAUACUAGUUAAAAAUCAAGAUCUGUCGACAACAAAACGUCUUAAAUUAGAGAAAGACAGCCCGUUGGCGAAACUUUCUCCGAUUUUAAUCGACUCGAAUAUAAUUAGGAUGGAAGGAAGAACUGCAAAGGCUGAAUUUCUGCCUUUUGAAAUGCGAUUUCCAGUAAUUCUUCCCAACGGGCACCCUAUAUCUCAAAAGUUGAUAGAGCACUACCAUUGCAAAUUUGGUCACGGUAACCGCGAAACUGUGGCUAAUGAAGUUCGACAACGUUUCUGUAUACCGCACCUCCGAGCUGCCAUUAAAAAGGUAAUGAAGAGUUCGGUUUGGUGUAAGGUACGUAACUGUAAACCCGUGACUCCGAAAAUGGCUCCGCUUCCAAUACAACGCUUAACACCAUUCCGAAGGCCAUUCAGUUUUGUUGGGCUGGACUAUCUAGGACCUCUGCAUGUGACCGUUGGAAGAAGAACAGAAAAACGAUGGGUAGCUCUGUUUACCUGUUUAACUACCAGGGCAGUUCACCUAGAAGUUGCAUACAGCUUGACUACAGAAGCGUGUGUGAUGGCAUUCCGACGUUUUGUCUGCCGUAGAGGAUUCCCCUCUGAAGUUUUCUCUGAUAACGGCACGAAUUUAGUGGGUGCCAGCAAAGAGAUAUGCCGUCACGUGCUACAAAUUCAGACCGGUUGUGCUGAAGUCUUCACCGAUGCCAGAACCCGCUGGAACUUUAACCCACCAGCCGCACCUCACAUGGGUGGAUGUUGGGAAAGGCUGGUAAGAUCUGUAAAAGAAGCGCUGAAAGUUUUCGAUGACGGUAGACGACUAACAGAUGAAGUUCUUCUUACGACAAUCACAGAAGCAGAGGAUAUAAUAAACUCACGUCCUUUGACAUACAUUCCUCAAGAGUCAGCUGAAUUUGCUUCAAUUACCCCGAAUCAUUUUUUGCGCGGUUUUCCAUCUGAAAUACACAUCGCCGUUCCUCCGCCAACGUGUGAAGCUGAGGCACUUCGCGAUGACUACAAACGAUCCCAACGUCUAGCAGAUUUACUAUGGUCAAGGUGGAUAAAAGAAUAUCUUCCAAGCAUUAACCAUCGGACAAAAUGGCAUGACGAGCAAGUACCAAUCGAAAUAGGUGAUCUGGUGUAUUUGGUAGACGAGAACAACAGAAGAGCUUGGACACGAGGCAUUGUCGAAGAACUGAUAUUCGGAAAGGAUGGACGUGUUCGACAAGUCAUGGUUAAAACACGUAGGGGAAUCUUUAGGCGACCGGUAUCGAAGCUAGCGGUGCUAGAAAUAAGGAGUAAAUUUGUCCAGUCUAUGGACUUGACCAAUCAUUACGGGUUGGGGGUUGUUGGCACCGCUGGGCAGUAG